AUGGUGCUGCCGAGGCCUUCGCAGAUCCUGAAGAGCAUUGUUGCCUUCUCUGACAGCCCUGCCGCGUCGGCUGCUAACGCCCUCUCGAUGACUUGCAGCAUGGUACCCUGUAAAUCCGUCCUCCUUCUCGUCCCCCCUAUGACCCUAAUCUCUUCCUCCGCAUUGACCGGAUUUCCAGCUAAGCGAAAUAACCGUCGCACCACGUUAGCCCCUGCUGUUUACCCCAUCUGUACUCCCAACCACCAGCUUCCAACCCCGUACUUACUGGUUCCUUCCCGGUUCCCUUGUCCUCCAAUGCCUCCCAUUACCGACUCCUCCAAUCCCCCUAGCCCUGCUUCUCCCUCUUCCUCUUGA